AUGUCUUCUCACACCAUCCUCCUUGUCCAGCCCACUAGAAAGCCAGAAGGUCGAACCUACUCUGACUACGAGUCGGUCAAUGAUUGCAUGGAGGGCGUCUGCAAGAUCUACGAGGAGCACUUGAAACGACUCAACCCUAGCUCUCCCCAGAUCACCUACGACAUUAGCCAGCUGUUCGAUUUCAUCGAUGAGCUUUCGGACUUGUCCUGCCUCGUGUACCAGAAGAACUCGCAGACCUACUUGCCCUACAACAAAGAUUGGGUCAAGGAGAAGAUCUACAUUCUUCUCCGAAACCAGGCUGGAAAGGCUUAA